AUGGCGUGCUCUUACCCUUUUGUUGACCAUGGUACACCUCUUUGGAUAGACGUAGUCGCCAACACUUCUGAUAAGGCUGAAGUCGGACGGCGGAGGACAAAAUGCCACGCGAUUGUAGAUAAUUUAAAUGACGGCCGAGGGGCCACUGUAGAGCAUGAAAGCAUGUCGAUAGAGACACCAAUCUGCUGCACAAAAGACUUGAAGACGCAAAAUCCCUACCUCAGUAGCAUAAUUGAAUUUAGCAAAAUGCUCCCAAACACAAGCGCCGAGCUGGGCACGACCGACGGCCAUUUGGAUAGAAGUCUGGUCAUCAUGAACGCAAUCCUCACGCCCAAAUCUCCUCUCGUCUUCAAUAAGCCAAUUUUUUCAAACGGCAGCGAGGAUGGUCGAUGCGAUCCAGUUACCACACAGGCUAUCAAGUGCAAACCAACCUACGAACAAGAGAAUGAGCAAGUGUAUCUGAGCAUCGGCCAUUCAUUACGCAACACAAUGGAAGUAAAUGAUCAAGUGCCUAGAAUGCAAACACCAGAUCAAACUGAGACACUUAGCACAUUCCAUGCUAUGGAAGAAUUGUUGAUGGGCAUAUUAGAUCACUUGGAGUUUGCUGCGUCUCUACAUUUGCCUUCCAUCACAUGGGAUAACGAUGGAUCAAUCUCAGCAAUUUGUGCAUCACGUCUGUCUCGGAUGAUACAGCAACUAGGAAUCAUGCCAAGCGCGGCACCACUUACUUCUUCCCUACCUGACAACGAUCAGCAGCAUAGCGACAUGGCGGCUUUCCAGCAAUUGAUGAUCUCAAUAGAUUUAAUCAAUCAGUGGCUCUGCAGUGAGAUCCCAAAAAUUCAGGAAGGCUUAAAGGACAUGUCUUUGUUCCAUAGGACGCAACUUAUGGCUACGAUUUGUGAUAAAUUGACUCAAACCGUGAACAACGCCAAAAUCAACUACUCAUCAUUUCAGUCCAGUGUAAUUGAACUACGACAGCAAUUUGACAGUUCUCGGCGACACCUUCAUUUGGUUCGGUGUCCCAAUACUUGCUAUACCGAUCGUACUGUGACAUGCGAGGAUCUCAGAAGGAAAGACUAUACAUCACAGCCGCAGAAUAACACAUGCAAUAGUAACAAUACUAAUGGUGACAAAUACGAAAUACUCGUUUUGGCUUUGGAAGAAGGUAUAAAUGGUUGGGUGCAGGAAUGCGACAUGUUCGAACAUGUACUACAGAAUUCAUGGUCCAAUCUCGCAACUGCCAACUUGGACUCUGCUACCUUGGAUAGACUAGCGCAUUUGGAAACCCAUUUACAUGGCAUCAAAUCCUCUGUUGAAUCCGCAAGACUAAUAUGUGUGCAGGACGAACACUGUGGGUCAAAAGCACAGUUGCUAUCUCGACUGAGGGAGUCACAAAUUCAGAUUAUGGACGUUGAGCCCCGAUUUGAACGAAUUUGUCAGCGUGUCCAAGUACUAGCACAAUGCAAACGAUGGGAAGGCCUUUACAAUGAUACUAUGGCAAAAAUGGCGUGUACAAACGGUCUCAUCGACGAGCUUUUUGAGAUGCGCAGUACUUGGGCCAGUCACUUAAAUGACACUGAUAAUGACCAACACUCUGCGAAGAUGCUAGUACAGAAGGGAAGAAUAGAAUCAGCACUACAGGAUAUGAAAUUAAGCGAAGUCGCAGACGCCAUCUUACAGUUCGAAGAAACAUUGAUAACGGCCAUGUUCAAACUUCCUAAUCGCAUGCACGAAAGCCAACAAAUCCUAGUGUCACUAUUUACAAAUUUACAGAGUAGACUACAAUUUACUAGCUAUAUUUUGCAACAAUAUCAGCAAGUUUCCAAACUUCAGACAGACGUGACCGAAAUACAGAGCACCCUUCGCACCUUCAAGACGACGAGUACUGAGCAUCACUCAAUCGCCCAGUUAGAUGAACUCUGCAAAAUGGUCGUCACUGUUGGUAUCAGUGGUCAUACAUCCAUCCACUAUCCUGAAAGCACCAUUAGCAGCGAAGUUCGUAGAAACAAACAUGCCAACCAACAUGUACGUUCUGGUAUAGGAACAAUGCAGAUGACCCUGAUGAGCAUACUGGAGGAUUUGAGAAACCUUAUGGAUGAUCACCGGCAUAAUAGAGAACUGCAGCAUGCGAUGGAGCAAAUGAAAGUAACCGCUGGACGGCAAAUACGACUGCUCCAAUCUCGCAUAGCUUCGCUUGAGGACUCCCCAAUCAAUCCUAAGGCAAGAAUGUCCAUUCAAGAAUUAAACGACAUCAUCAGUGAUCUACAGUAUCAACGUAGUUUGGCCAAGCAAACAGUUGUAAUCUGUUCACCUCCUCAGCUCAACCUGUUACAAUCAUGUGAAGAAGGCAAAGCAUCAUACAAUGCACAAAAAAACCUCGUCAUGGCAUUAAUGGAUAGGCUUGGGAAAAUACAAAGCAAGCGCCGAGAGCUGGUCAAUAUGAUGAUGACUAGGGCUGCUUGGGAAGCUCGAUAUGAAGAAUGUGCUGUGGUGUUAGAAAAGAUGAUGGAAGAGCUACCCAACAUCAUCCAAAUGGCGUGGCAAACUGAGAACAAAACAAUGGAUAUGGCUGAUAUAAACCUUGCUUACGUACUUGGAUCGAUGGAGGACAAAUUACUGGAAGAGAAACUUGCAUUCGACGCUUUCAUUACAGUGUACAGUGGCCAAAGUACGUCCUGUAGGACAGAUGAAGAACUCGCAAUCAUACUCAGUGAUGCUGGCGAUCGACACGCAAAUCUGGUAAAUAUGGUAGAGCUCCUCUCCUUGACCUCCAGCAUUCAGAUCGAUAGACUGAACCAGCGAUAUCGUGUACAAGCACUGGAAAGUACCUACAAUCUUUUCAUGGCACAGCUUGAUGAACUGUAUACAAAGCUACAGUGCGCCAUGUCAAACGACAAUGAUCGGUAUGAGGAAAUGGCGUGUUUUGACAUAGAUGUUGAGGAGAUGAAGAGCAAAAUACAAUAUUUCGAUCAGCAAUGUAUUGAUGAUGCCUUGUACCCUGACUGUCAGCAGCACUCAAUACUACCACACGCAUAUAUACUAGAUCUGAUGGAUUCCAACCGACAAGUACGUCAGUAUAUCAACCAACUUCAAGACACUCUGUGCAAAAAGUUGAAGACUAUCAUAGACAACGGUAGCCACUUCACAGAGCUAGGUUCUUUAUUGCAAGAUCAGGUUUGCUUGCAACAGCGCUACCAAGACUGUCACACGAAAAUUUUAGCCAGGAGCUCAGAUUACGCUUUGGCAGAUGAACCUGUGCCACAAGAUGUCAAUUCAACGCUGGCUUUGGUGCAAUGUCUCUCUGUGCAAUCAGAGGUACAAACACUAUCCGACUUGGCACAGGGUUUAAGUAAAAACCUACUCGAUCUAGCAACAAAAUUGCUCCAGCAUGAUGGAACGAACGGCAGCUACGAUGCACUCAAUUUGCGAUCAUCCAGAGUUUCUUCCAUGGCAAAAAGAUUAGGACUAGCUUAUCAUAAAUUAGUGAGCACAACGCUGGCAAUGCAUUUAAGACAAAUUUGGGAGGCACGGUGGAACGCAAGCAAGGAAAAAUUGGAACAAUGCAUCCUCCAGUUGGACGGUAGCGCACAAUCCGAAAAAUUAUUAGACGGCCGAUGUGCAUCGACUGACUCCGCCGAACAAAUCUUUCGCGAACUAAUUCAAACCAAUAUAGCAUCGACGAAUUUUGCAUUCCGAAACCUUAGCAAAGCGUAUGAGGGACUAGGUGAAGCAACCCUCACCAAGCUACAGCAAAAGCAUUGUGAACUGCGGCGACUGAUAAGCAAAUUUGAGGCGCAAUUAGCCAAAAUGCGUGGGUGUGGAGAACACAUGAAUUCACGUGCAAGAAAACUGUCGCACCCCAACCAAUUGGAAAUGCGGGCAAGAAAGAUAUCCUUACCGAGUCGAAAGACGUCUAAUCUCGGAACAUUCAAUGACCAUCUGGUAGCAUCCAGGUCCGCUGUGGUCUCAAGCAGAAGCAGUAGCACUCGUAGCAGACCGAGUGUUUCAAGUCGAUCUGGUCCCAAAUCAGCAAGGCAGAUAUAUAUACCUGAUCCAGCCAACGUUCUUGACGUUGAGCUGGGUCGAAUCAUCAACGAGUCACCCUAUCGAAUCUGUGUCAAAGCCGUUCCUGGUGAAGUUGGAAGGUAUUGGUUUGGAGAGUCACAGCCCAAGCUCGCGUACUGCCGUAUCCUCAAGAGCAGUAUGGUCAUGGUGAGGGUUGGCGGAGGCUGGGCGGAAUUAACUCAGUUUCUGCGCGAUCAUGCACUUUUGGAAGAGAAUUUCAUACCGCGCGAAAGGAGUUUUACGGAAGAUGAAGGACUUCGAGAAGGGUUCAUUCGAACCCAUCGUAAUAAUGCACCGCUUGGAAGGGUCAUCAAAACACACACUCCUGAACGAGGAAUCAAGAACGGUGAUAGAUUUAUUGUUGGAAACGGUAUUGAGGUCAAGAUGAAGCGAGCUCAAGAUGAACGCACGGUGCCACGAUCAAGUCGGGUCAACCUUCUACAAAAUUAG